AUGACGAUUGCGAGCCGCCACCAGGGGGGCCAUGAGGCCGUAGCAGAAACUGUAGCUGGUGAAGAGCACUGUUGCAGCAACGCCUUCAGCGUCACGGCCAGCACUGCCACAGCCGUGGGGUCGUUCGGCAGUCGUUUUGGAGACAACGAGGCCCUGAUUGCGGUCCAAGUAUUGGCGAAGGCAUUAGCCAGCAUCGAACAGAAGUUCCCUGCACACCGCGACUCGUCCUUCUACCAGUAUGACUGGCCGGGGCACCUGACGGCCUUUGCAUACGAGCUAUCGAACCCAACAUUGGACUCCUUCCAGCCGGAGUUCCUCAUCCAAAUAUAUACUUCGACCGUUACCGGUCCCCUGAUAGCCCCCGCGGUGGAUGGAGCCAUCAUCACGAAGCUCUGGGGCAUGAUGCCCUCAACACCGUCAAUGGUCAUCGUCAUCGUCCUCUUGUCCAUUGAUAUCUCAGUGCUGGUCCUCGUAUUCGCCCUCCGUCGUAACAAUUUCGAUGGCCCGCGUAUCCCGAAAUCCGUUGGGUCACUGAUUCCGUGCGUCGCACGGAGCAGGAUUGCGCCUGACUUCCGGGGAGCAUCGCGGAUGAUGGACAGCGAGCAGCGGGAUUAUCUCAUGCAAAGGAGUCACAAAUACACUUUUGGUCUGUCUUUAUGCCCUGUCGUGAUAGACGCCAAACGCCUGAACGCGGACCCAGCUACGUGGGGCAAAGACAGCGAUAUAUAUCACCCUGAACGGUUUUGGAAUAUUCUGUCCUCAAAGUUGCGAUACAGGUUUAUGCAAUUUGGUGUUGGGGUGGCGAGUGGACGAUGUCUUGGGAAGCAUUUAGCAGAUACAUUGUUCAAGUUGACCUUAAUGGCUGUCCUUAAACAGUACAGUCUCCAUUCGGGGCAGGGUGGGCCAGAGAUCGAACUGAGAUAUAUGAAUCAGAAGGAAUGA